AUGCCCGGUCUACCUACUAGUAUUGACCUGGACGAGUGCAUUUCACGGCUUUACCGGAAAGAGUUGCUGGCCGAGUCGGUAAUCGAGGCUGUUUGCGCCAAGACGAAGGAGCUGUUGAUGAAGGAGAGCAAUGUGGUUCAUAUUAAAGCCCCGGUUACCGUCGUGGGAGACAUUCAUGGGCAAUUUUUUGAUUUGCUGGAGAUAUUCCGGAUCGGUGGAUUCUGCCCUGAUACAAAUUAUCUUUUUCUUGGAGACUACGUGGACCGCGGUCUUUUCAGCGUCGAAACUAUAUCCCUCCUUGUUUGUUUGAAGCUCCGAUACCCGGAUCGAGUUCAUCUUAUACGUGGUAACCAUGAAUCUCGGGGUGUCACCCAGUCCUACGGCUUCUAUACAGAGUGUGCCCGCAAGUACGGCAAUGCCAAUGUAUGGCAUUACUUCACCGACAUGUUCGACUACCUGACACUAAGCGUGGUGAUCAACGACGAGAUAUUUUGCGUACACGGUGGACUCUCUCCUUCCAUCCACUCUAUCGAUCAAAUCAAGAUUAUCGAUCGAUUCCGUGAAAUCCCCCACGAGGGACCUAUGGCCGACUUGGUCUGGUCUGAUCCAGACCCCGAGCGUGAUGAAUUCUCACUAUCACCUCGAGGCGCUGGCUAUACUUUCGGAGCACAGGUUGUUCGCAAAUUCUUGGAGGUUAACAACAUGUCGCAUAUCCUGCGGGCGCACCAGCUCUGUAACGAGGGGUACCAAGUCCUCUUCGAUGACCGUUUGAGUACGGUCUGGAGUGCGCCUAAUUACUGCUACCGCUGUGGUAACUUGGCAAGUGUGCUCGAGGUGGGCGAUAACAUGGAGCGUUUCUUCAAUAUCUUUGAUGCUGCCCCGGAGAAUGAUAUUCACCGCAAUGAGCAACAGGCACAGCAAAGCAGAGAUUCUCAGCCAGUGAUUGACUAUUUCUUGUGA